AUGAAAAAUAUUGUAAUAUUAAUAAUAUUAAAAGUAAUAUUAAUUAUAGAGAUAUCAUAUAGUAUUAAUCAAAUACCAAAUAAUAACAAUAACGAUUAUAUGUAUAUGGUUAAACAAUGGGAAUAUUCAAAUUGUACUGGAGAACAAGUAGAUUUUAUAGCUUUUAGUGAAAAUCAAUUUUAUACAGAGUUAAUUGAUUCCUUUUUAAAUUGUGAUCCAACCAAAUCUCCAAUUUCCUGUAAUUUUACUUUAAAUUAUAACCAAAAUAUAAUCAAUAAAAAUAUCAUUGAAUUAAAAGAAGGAAUUUGUAAUAAUUUUAAAACCAUUGAAUAUAUAAAAAAUAGUGAUUUUGAUUACAAUGAAUCAAAAUUUUGUGUAAUGUCUGAAUUUAGCACAUGCCAAUAUAAACCAAUAUUCCAUUUGGGUACAUUAAGAGAUGUUUGUGUUUAUGGUUGGUUAUUAAAAUGUAGUUCACUCGGGUACGAAAUAAAACAUUGUAAGUUAUUGGAUUUUAAUGAUAAUUCAAACUAUACAUUACUUGAUGAUGAUGAUGGAGAAACUUUCCCAGCAUAUGUUUGUAAGAAUUCAUUUGAAAAUAUUACAAGUUUAUCAAGAGGUUACAUUGUUCAUGCAUCAACAAUUGAUGGAAUAAAUGAUCCACAAUAUGAAAAAAGAAUUUUAAAACUUGGCCCAAAAUCAAACCAUCAUUUUUCAAAUUCAUCAACAUCAAUAUUUUUAUUUUCUUUAAAAAAAAAUAUUAUUUUAAUAUAUUUUACAACUUUAAUAAUAAUAAUAUUUUUAUAA